GUGUCGUUCGUUGCGGAAGCGUUUCUUCUCCAGGGAUUUGAAUCCUGUCUCCUGUUUGCAAAGUGGGAGGGGAUAUUUCUGCAGAAAGAGCUGGGCAAAGGCGAAAGCGAGAGGAAAAGCAAUCGACACAAUUGCAAAGUGUACCACUGUACCUAUAUAGCAGGGGCGCGGUCUGCUUCCAAGAAGCCGGGGGAUGCCGUCACGAGGCAAGAAAAGAGCCAGAGGGCCCUUAAAAGCUACCAAAGAACCUGACUUGAAAGUGGCCAAGUCUGAGACCCCAGAGGAGGGAGAGGUCCCAGCAGUGGUCAAAAAGUCUGGAAAGAUCAAUCCUGGGAAAACCUCUGCAGGAAAAGCCAGCGCAGAACAGGAGGGGGACAAGAAAACCUACGCCCAUUGGCUGAUGAAAUCUGAACCGGAGAGCAGGCUGGAGAAGGGAGUCGAUGUAAAAUUUGGCAUUGAAGAUUUAAAAGCGCAGGCGAACCAGACAGCAUGCUGGGAUGGUGUCAGGAAUUACCAGGCACGGAAUUUCUUGAGAGAGAUGAAAGUUGGGCAGACGGCCUUUUUCUAUCACAGUAACUGCAAAGAGCCUGGGAUCACUGGCAUCAUCAAGGUGGCGAAGGAGGCCUACCCAGACCACACCCAGUUUGAAAAGAAGGAUCCUCAUUACGACGCUUCCAGUUCCAAAGAAAAUCCCAAAUGGUGGAUGGUGGACGUCCAGUUUGUGCGAAUGACAAAGCGCUUCCUCCCCCUGGCAGAACUGAAGCUUCACCACCAGGCACACAAAACCUCUGGAGGCCCCCUGAAAGACAUGGCCCUCUUCACCCGCCAGAGACUCUCGGUACAGCCUCUAACUACGGAAGAAUUUGAGUUUGUCUUGAGCCUGGAAGAGGAGAAGCCCCACUGAGAACUGACAUCAGUCCUGAAUCGCGCGCUACAGACUUGGCUGACCAGUUACCGAUUUGCUCCUGCAAAACCUGGUCGCUUUACACUGGCAGACAAGGGCGAUCUGGAAUUGCACCAAAGCCAUGUUAUCAUUAGAGGUUAAGGUGGUUGUUGUUGUUUUUUAAAAAAAAUAAAAGCAU